GCGCAGGCGCGGUGCUCGCGGUGCGGUGAUGGCGCACGGGCCCGGCCGCUGCCGCUGCUGCGGGGAGGAGGCGGCGGCGGGCGGCGGGGAGCGCGGCGCGGCCUGGGGGCUCUACCUGCGCAUCGACCGGCAGCGCCUGCAGUGCCUCAACGAGCGCCGCGAGGGCAGCGGUGCCCUCGUCUUCAGAGCUUGGGAGGAGCGCGGCGACCGAGCCAAGUUCGUGGAGAGCGACGAUGACGAGGAGCUGCUGUUCAACGUCCCGUUUACGGGCACCGUGAAAUUAAAAGGAGUGAUUGUGAUGGGAGAGGACGACGGGAGCCACCCAGCAGAGAUGAGGCUCUUCAGGAACAUUCCUCACAUGUCCUUUGAUGACGCAGACAGGGAACCAGAGCAAACGUUCAGCUUGAACCGGGACCCGGCAGGCGAGCUGGAGUAUCCCACCAAAAUUGCCCGUUUCUCCAAUGUUCACCACCUCUCCAUCCACUUCCCGAAGAACUUCGGAGCAGAGACAACGAAGAUCUUUUACAUAGGCCUGAAAGGAGAGUGGAUGGAGGCUCAUCGCCAUGAAGUCACCAUCUGCAACUACGAAGCCUCGGCAAACCCCGCGGAUCACCAGUUGGAGCAGUUCACCCCCCAGACUCACUUCAUCUCCUGACGGCGCCGCCGGGAGCCUCCCCGGUGCAGAGACAACGGCUGGGCCGGAACCA